GACCCCGAUUCCGUCCCCUCCAGCUCCGGCGCCCCCGACCCGGUCGCUGCCCUUCCCAUUUAAGCCGAUUAUGUGGUGCUCCGGCAAAUCCGGCGGCAUUAACAGCCGCCAUCGCUGUUGCGAUUGAGGAGUGCUUGGAGUGAUCCGCGUCUCCUCACCCGUUCCCGCGCGGAACGUUCUCCGGAUCCCCACCUCCGGCUCCAUCGCCUUCACCCCUUCCCAUGGCCGCGCUCUUCACCGGGAAGGUCCUGAUGGCCAACGGCGACGAAGACGAGGUGGAGACGGAGCGCGAGCUGAACCGGGCGCUGGAAAACAAGGUUGUACUUCUCUACUUCGCCUCAUCGCGGUGUCCGCGCUGCCGGCGGUUCUCCGCGCUCCUCAAGGAUUUCUUCUUACGGUUGACGGAUGAGUUUUACGUCGAGCGCUCCUCGCAGCUCGUCUUGGUUUACGUAUCCCGGGAUGAGACGGAGGAGCAGCAGCGGGAUUUCCUUCGGAGCAUGCCCAAGCGUUGGUUGGCCGUACCCUUCGGAGAUGCCUUCAAAAGGGAGCUGGAGCUGCGCUUUGCCGUAUCCGAGGUGCCGGUGGUGGUGGUGUUGAAGCCCAGCGGGGACGUAAUCGUCGGCAACGCCGUGGAGGAGAUCCAACGCGUGGGUCCCGCCUGCUUCCGGAACUGGCAAGAGGCCGCCGAGCUGGUAGACCGGAAUUUUCUCUUGGCCGAGGAUCCGGAGGAUUGGACCAGGAGAAGCAUCACCGAUCCCCUCCGCCGCCUCAAGUACAAAGUGGACAAGAAGAAGAACAAGGAACGGGAAGAGGAGAGUGAUGAAGUGUCUUAAGGGCUGCAGUGGCCGUUGAGGAACAUCUCAAGUUGACGCCUCUGGACCACCAACGUCCAUCGGUGCUGUAAAUACCCGCUAAAAUCCCGUUAGUUUUCCCAAAAGGUGAUUUGGUUUAAGGGAACUGUGAUCUCGUGGCUUUUCCCACCAUGGUUAAGACCAUGAAGAUAUUCCCACCUUGAUUGGACGCCGUUGGCUUUUGAACAGCCGAGAACCCAACGGUAUAAAGAUCCCACCACGACACUUUGGUUGUUGGUUUGAUGGGAAAGUGAGAAGUGAAGGAACCCGAUCCAACGGAAGGUGUCCCGGCCCGCGGACGGGGUUGGAACUGGAUGGGCUUUGAGGUCUAUUCCAACUCCAACCAUUCCAUGAUUCUAUGACAUCCUCCAGCGUUUGGGUUUGGGUUUCACUGAGAAGAACUGGAGAAGGGUUGGGAGGGACAAAGGGAGCUGAGGGACAGCAGCUCAGGACCAUCCCUGACGCAGGUGCUAAUCCCUUCCGUUCUUCUGUCCCGAGAGAGGGUUCCCUAGAGGGGUCCUGGGGGUCUUAGAGGGGUCUCGGGGGUCCCUGGUGGGAUUUCAGAGGGGUCCCAAGGGGUCCUGGAGGUCCCUAGAGGAGACCUGGGGGUCCUAGACUGGACCUGGGGGACCUUAGAGGGGUCUUAGGGGUCCUGAGGGCGUCCCUGAAAGGGUUCUGGGGGUCUUGAAGGGGUCUUGGGGG